AUGUCUUACCAGCAGCAGCAGUGCAAGCAGCCCUGCCAACCACCUCCUGUGGUGUGCACACCUAAGUGCCCUGAGCCAUGUCCACCUCCAAAGUGCCCUGAGCCAUGCCCACCCCCAAAGUGCCCUGAGCCAUGCCCACGCCCAAUGUGCCCACCUCAGCCAUGUCAGCAGAAAUGCCCUCCUACACAGAUAUACCAACCCUGCCAGCAGAAGUGUCCUCCUAAGAGCAAGUAA